GUGGGACCCACUGUGGGCUUUCACAAGUUUGUUGAUCAUAUUCUCUAUUACUAGAUUGUGCCACCAUGGCAAGUCCUUAUUUUGAUGAUUGCCAGAAGCUCUUCAUCACUCCGCCACAAGCUUCCUCUUAUGUCAAUCCACUUUAUGAUGAGAAGGCAACAGCUGACAGUGAGUCUUUCAAAUCACUUGUUGAAAGGAUAGCUGAUUUUGUUGAGGAAUCUAAAAGGCUUCAUGAGGAACGCAUGAGGAGGUUGGAGGAAAAUUUGAAAGUAUGCAAAUUAAAUCUUCCAGAACUUAAAACCCCUCAACCCAAAAGUGAGGUUUUAAUGGAGGAUUCAAAGAAAUGCCAUGCAGCCACGUCUCCAGGAACUUUGAAGCAGUUUUGCAAAUCGCAAAACGUGACAGAGAUGCCAAUUGUAAAUGAAGGUCAGAUGAGACUAAGGUCAAAGAGUAACCCCAUGAUCACAUUCAGGGGGCAUAAAUCACAGUUGCAGCGUGCUACCCAAAGUCAGCAACGCCAUGCAGCUUUGGAGGCAACUUCAACAAGUAUGCCUCCAAGUCAUUCUAAGUCUGCAAAGACUAAUACUAGCAAUAGUCCUCUUACUCCUGGGAGGCAUAAACCAACUCAGGUGCAAACAUGUCAGCCAUCCAUCAAUGAAGGUCCAUUUGAUGGUCGACAACAAGUUGAUGCUGCUACACAAAAGCCAACACUUUGGCCGGCAUCAGUACAUGAAUCUGAUAAGGUAUCUACCUCAUCUACUUUUACUUCUUUUGAGACUAACGAGCAUGUUUCUUCUGCCUUGCUUAGGAGGUGUUCGCGGCGACCAUGCUUUCUUAAUGGUCGAAGCCCUUCCAAGUUCAAUUAUGGACAAUGGCUGAAGGUGAAAUAUCCUUUUAAAGUCGUUAAUCUGAAGAGGGGAGUCAUUUCCAAUCUCGGGGGGCAACCUAGUCAGAUUGAACAACAAAGGUUGCAAGACCUUAUUGCCCAUGAAGUUCACAAAGCUAUAGAAAAAGAGGUAGCAAGGUUUGUGCCAUUGCAGCCUGAUGCCAAUUCAAACGUCCAACUAAUGCCACCACAACAAAAGCAUGUGUGCAAGCCUAGUCCACCUCAGCAACUUGCAGACUCAUUGCCAAAGGCCACUCGAGAGGCAUGUAGGCUACCAUGUUGGCCAACAUGCCAUAGGCCAUAUUCAAAAAAUAAUGAUUCUUUCCAAAGUGGCUUUCACAAAAAAUUCCCAAAUUUUCCUUGCAGCCACAAGGAUAACAUGGGAGGCGGCAUAAGAAACAUCAUGCCUUCACAUCUGCCAAGUCGAAGAAGGAGGAAGAAAUCUAAAGACCUCUGUUGGACACCAAUGAAGGAACAAAAGCAACAAACCCAUGUCUUUGAGUGGAGGCACGGGGGGCAUGAUCUCGUAGAAAAGCAUGGAGGCAUGUGCAAAUGCUGCCUCUAUAAAAAAAGUCAAUUUAGACAUUGUUGCCAUAUAAACUUGGUGGCCUGCCCAGAGUUCCCUACCCAAAAUCCUAGGACUCUUCGAAGGCGGCUUCAAAAGAAAAGAGCUAAAGAGCGUCAGAGACAUGUUGCCAAGGUGCAUGCUUCGCAAAGGCAACAACUGCCAGGGAGGCAAAAGUUUAUUUGGGUGGAGAAGAAGAAACACUGUGCAGCUUCUCAAGAGGCAAAUCAAAAUUUAGUCAAUGCAAUCGUGUCUCCAAAGACGUUUGCCAAGUGUGUUCCUUUCAAGUCAAAUGACUCAAAGGCAACUAAGGAACUUAAUGUCAGCAGCAAAACAAUUAGCCUUGGUGAGUUUAUUAUUGAACUUCCAAGUUCCAUUCCAAAUCUCCCUUUUGUUUUCACAACGAAGCAAGAUGCAGCCUCUAGUGGCAAAGAGGUAGCAAAGAACAAAGCAAACAUGUCCGCUAAAGAAAACAAAGGGAGCGAUCAUAAAAAAGAUGCUGCAACCUUUGUUCCAAGAAAAGGCAUGCUGUCGUCAGCUGGAGGCAUGUCGCCUAGGAGACAUUUUGCCAAGAAUAUGAGACCUUUGCAGGCACAAGGCAUUAGAUGAAGGUACAUACUGGCUACAGAACCUUGACGGUAGUCUGUACCUCACAAAAAUAAAUGGCUUACCUUUUCAGCCAUGUUACCCUUCGGUCUGUAAGUGAUGUAGUAGAUCGAAGUGGAAAUAAUCUCUUUGCCUAAGUCAGGUUUGGGUGGAAAUCAGUUUUAAUUUAGUUUUUGUUUGCAAUUUUUUACAAUUAGUGUGAAUAAUCUUGCAGUUGAGCG